AUGAGAGUGGAAUUACCACAAUCUAGAUUACCAUCUUUAUAUAGGGAUUUUAGGCCUUUGAAAGAUUUAAAUCCUGAUGGCUACGAAGCAAACAUCAGCACAUGGAGAGAUUACUUACUUGAACGAUAUAUCAAUAGCUCCAACAAAAUCACACUUUCCAUAGGGACAAAAUUUUUGCAAGGGUUGACUUAUGAAGUUUACGGUGUACCGAAGAGCAUUGAUAUCGUUAUCGAUGCUUUUGUUAGCGAAGGAAAUUUGGUGCCUAUUGAGCUAUUCUACCGCGAUAGAAUGUGCACUGACAAUGCCAAACCUGGAUUUUGGAAGUGGAUUAAAAGUUGGAAGGGAUCUACAAAUUUGUAUAGAAGCAGAAAAGAUGAAACAAAUUUUUACUUGAAGGAAGAUGAAUUCGUCAUCAAGAAAAAACUGGAAAAAGAGUAUCAAAGGUUUUAUGAAUUGUUGAAGAGGGACAUUUUUACAAAGGCUUCCUCCAUUACAGAUUUGGUAUUUACGAAGAACGAGUUUAUAACCGGGGAAACCUUAGGGCCAUUUUUUGCAACUUAUAAUGAAGAGGCGACGAACAUCUUCUUGUAUUUUCUAGAAAACUACAAGCAUGUCAUAGCUUCGAAGGACAAUGUCAUCAAAAUCGUUGCGCCUGAAGUGGAAGACGUUAUUAGCAGAUUCUCCAAAGACAUCACUGAAGAUGACCUUCGGAUUGCUAGUGUUAAAGCUGGGAUAUUGAACAUCAACAAGCAAAUCACAAGAUUAAGAAAAGAAAUAAAUGAAUAUAAUGUUAAACUGAAAGAUCCGGAGUUCAAUGAGCUUCCUAAAAAAGUAAGAAUUGAGUAUAAACAGGCAAGUUUGUUAUCUGAAAAGCAUCUUUCCAGACUAUUAAAGUUUCAAAAUAAUCUUGCUGAAGUAAGAUCACAGAUAGAUACCAGCAUAACUAAUGCAGUUUUAGUUCAAACUUUGGCUCAAUCGAAUGAAGUAAUUAAGUCAAUCAAUAAGUACAUUGGAUCAACUGAAAAAGUAGAAGAUUUGUUGGACGAAAUCAAAGAGGGGCAUGACCGCACCGAAGAGCUGAAUGAUUUAUUAACCAGUUACGGGAAAAGUCAAAAUGAUGUAGCAGAGGAAGAGAUUGAAAGAGAACUCGAAAGACUAGAACUUGAUGAGAAGAAUACGCACAGAGAAACGAACUCGAAUCCAAAUCUGAAUGAGCCACAAGAGGACAAUGGCGAGGAUCUGUUGAAAAAACUGGACAGUUUGAGAAUAGACAUAAAUCAAGAACCUACGCAAAACAAUAGAAACCAAGACAGUGAAAAAAAUAAAAGACAAAUGGUUAUGAAAGAACAAUCAUAUUAA